AUGUCAAACACAGACGUCUUGGGCCCGGAUCGCAUCCUCGGUCUGGCAGCCAAAGCUCUCGGUGACGGGCAGCCGAGUCUCCAUAAACCCGCUGAAGCUAUCGCACUAAUCGGUCAUGCCUGCAUGGCAGCAGUGGACUUCAGAUUAGUGGGGCUUGGAGAGGAUCAUAGUCUACAAUCAUCAACAGAGAGUCCCACCCUCCCCGCAGAAUGGAACGCUAAUGAUACCUUUGCCUUUCGCUACGCACACGCACAGUCCUCCAUGCAGUACUUGCUCAAAGUGAGCCGACUUGGUAAUAAUGCGGUGGUAUUUGCACUGGCUUUGGGCGACGAUCGCACCAGCUCCUUCGAUCUUCCUACCAAAGAUUACAUCUCCGGAUCUUCUCUCCCAUUGCAGCCCACGGACAAGCUCACAGAUGCCCUACGCGAGGUUUUCAUCUCUCCGGCUCGACUGAGCGAUCUCAUCGGGCUUUUCAAGAUUAAUGUGAUCCAGAAACUAGCUCCCGGCUUGCACAAGGAAGGCUAUGAGGAUCCAGCUCGAGCACCUAGAGAACAAGCGGAAACUAGUCGGCUCCGCGAUCGCCUCCGAGAUGACUCCCCUCCCCAACCUGCUCGUCCAUACCCAUUCGAUGAUCCUUUGGCUGCCGCUCCUCGUCGACCCGACCCACCUGGUGACUUUGCCCCGCCAGGAUUCGAAGAUGAGUACGAAAUAAAUCGCCCCCCGAGAGGAUACCCUCCUGGCUUCCCUGGCGGAAGAAGCCCAUACAAUAUUGGAGACCGUGAUCUGUAUCCCGCGGGCCUUGGACCCGAUGAUCCGCUCCGGGGCACCAUGGGUCCUGGCUUCAGAGGUGGUGGUGGCAUGCAUCCGACGUUCGACGAUCCUCUUUUUGGGGGAUCUGGUGGAGUGGGUGGUUAUGACCCCCGUGCACCACCUGGAGCCAGAUACGAUCCUCCUUGGCCAGGACAGCCACCGACGGGCGGUAAUCGAGGACCGUUUGGUCGAGGUCCGGGUGGAGGCUUUGGAGGUGGGUUCGGCGGCGAUAUUAUCUGA